AAGCCUCAAACAACUUUUGUUUCAAUUAUUAAAGGCUCUCUUAAUUGUAAUAUACAUGACAACUUGUUCUUUGCCAGUCGUUUACGAGCGUAUAUCUUAAGAUUUAUCUUGUUCGAUGAACCAAUGAAAUGAAAUGUAAUAUUUGACACUUGUUUCUAAUGACAACAGAAGAAGCAAAAACUAAAAUGGUGGACAGAGUUUAACCAUGUCAACUAGCCGAAAUAAAAAGUCGCAGCAUAUGCUUGCUCCUGGCAAUAAUGUUGGAGCAAGCACAACAUCUAAAAAGAGUCACGGUGCAUCCACCAUGAAAAGUAAGUAUGGAACAAUAAGAGGAACAACAUAUGGAAGUUCAAGAACUAAUAUUCCAUCCUCAGCCAGUAAGGCACGAAGUCUUGUAAAUGCUCAAGAUGGAGGCAAACCUCACAAGGCUCCAGUGCAGAUCUAUGAUGAGACUGGCAAUGAUGUUACUCCUCAACCUCUACAUUUAGGAGAUCCAAAUCAGGCUAAACAGAAACAGAGCAACCUCCUUGCUGAGAGUUCUGGCGGCACGCCAACAGACUUAAUGUCACAAGCAUCUAUUUAUAACACAGGCACAGUGACAGCUAGCACAUUUGGUGGAGGACCUUUUACAAGGUCAGUGUUCAGUCAGUCAUAUGAUACAGGAUCUGAGUCUAUGGCAGAGCCGGACGAGACUGACCAAUCACAGGAGAUAUCAACGGCAUGGGGAGAGAUCAAGCAUAAAAGAGUAGAUGUAGAAGAAGACUUACAGGAAGAAGAUUUAGAGAAGAUUGUUGAUCUCACUCUGACGGAGACAGAGACAAUAUGGCUGCUUGACAUGCCGGGAGUCUGUGUGUCGACAGAAAGUGACGAGGCAGAUAGUGUAAGAAAGAAGAAUGAAGCUUAUCAAGAUCUGGUGAAAAACAAGCAGGGAAAUGACAGAUAUGCUGAGAGAGGCAUGAACACCUUCAAUGAACCACAGAAAUGUAAACUGGUACAGACAAGCAAAAUAGGAUAUAGUGAGAUGGGAGUGAAUGCUACAACAUGGGAUAUGUAUGACACUUAUGAAGAGAUUGAAAAGAAUGCUAAGGGUAAAGCAGCUGAAGAUGAUGAGGAGGGAACAAUUUCCCGACCAGGAAGUCCAAAAGAAGGGGAGGAAGAAGCCAAACCGGCCUCCACAGAUACUCCAGAUACUGUUGUUAGAGAGAAAAGUGCUGCCUCUGUUAGAAUAGGACGUUAUAAUGGCAGUACCUUUGAAAGUUUAUUUCGCACAGAUAGCAGAGCAACAUUUACAUCAUCAUUUGCUGGGUCAGAGAGUAUAUUUGCUAGCAGAGAAACUGGGGUUUCCUCUGUUCCAACAGAGGCAUCUGCAAUAGAUGAGGACAAAAUCAUUCAGUCAGAGAGUUUCAAGACAGAUCUGUUUGUGAUGGAGAGAGUAAUUAACCUAAACACGUACCAGGGCAAACAAGCAUUAUACCGGGGUUUCAGUAUUGUUAAAGGAAGUGAACCUGAGGAAGCUGUUCCUGAUAUUGACCAAGAUACAAGUACAGCACCACAACAGUUAGCCGUGUCUGAUGAUGUUGGACCAAACUUUGAUCGCCUGUGGUCAUACACGUGUAAAGGGACACAGGGUAGAAAUGUCAGCUGUCUGUCUUGGAACAAAUCAAACCCAGAUUUAAUAGCAGUUGGUUAUGGUCAGUUUGAGUUCUCAAACCAGAAAGAAGGCCUGCUUAUGUGUUGGUCACUGAAAAAUCCAGAGUUUCCAGAGCGUGUGUACACGUGUAAGGAAGGUGUGACGGCGGCGGACUUCUCCAGGGUCAAUCCAAGCCUUCUUGCAGUUGGCUUGUAUGACGGAAGUGUGGCAGUAUUCAAUGUACGGCAAUCUGCUGAUGAGCCUAUCUUAGAUAGCUUUUUAUCGCCUGGCAAGCAUACAGCCCCAGUGUGGCAGAUUAAGUGGAUUGAGAAAGAACGAGGCUCGGGGGAGGAAUCGGCAGAGGUUUUAGUGUCCAUUUCUACUGAUGGAAGAGUAUGUCAGUGGUCAAUUAGGAAAGGAUUUGAGUGCUAUGAUUUGAUGAGACUCAAGAAAAUGCCAACUAGAAUGGGAGGGAAGAAAGAGAAGAAAGGAGAGGCAUUUAUAUCCCGUCAUGCUGGAGGACUUAGUUUUGACUUUAAUACACGUGAUGCUAAUAUUUAUUUGGCUGGAACAGAAGAUGGUCACAUACACAGAUGUUCAUGUUCAUAUAAUGAGCAGUUUCUUGAAAGUUAUUUUGGACACACUGGUCCAGUGUAUGGUAUUGUAUGGUCUCCAUUCGUACCUGAUGUAUUUUUAAGUUGCAGUGCAGAUUGGAGUAUCAGAUUAUGGCAUCAAGACAAACCAAGACCUAUAUUAAACUUUUUCUCUUCCACUAAACCUGUGUAUGAUAUUGCUUGGUCGCCCAAAUCUUCUACAGUGUUUGCUUGUGUUAAUGAGGGAGCUGUAGAAGUGUGGGACCUUAACAUUAGCACGUUGGAUCCAAUCAUAGUCAACAACCCAACAUCUGGUGCCAAACAGACCUCUGUCACAUUCUCAAAGAACUCUGAUUGUUUAUUGGUGGGUGACAGUGAAGGUCAGGUGACUGUGUUACAGUUGAGAUCUAUGCCAGUACCUGUCUCACAAGAUAAACAGGCUGAUGCUUUGAUGAAAAUUAUUAAUACCAGUCUAGCAAGUCAGUUGCAGAACCAGUCUGCAGCAGAACCAGACAAAGUGGAAAGGGAGGAAACUCAGUUGGAAGAUGAUCUGCCACCAGAUAUGGACUAAAUGUUAUAGACAUAAAAUGAAACAUUCUUUGAUAAAUAAAAUUCUUUGAAGAUCAUCUACAGUCUUCAGUAAUGAAAAAAAUGUUUAAAAAGGAAGUUAUGAAGAACUGAAGAAUUUGCAGUGGACCAAGUGGUGGGUUUAAAUGUUACAGUAACUGUUGAUCAUCCAGUAUUCAUUUCCUGUACAACUUCAGUUUCAAAAUUGAAACUAGCAAUACUGAUUUACUUUGGUGUGAAUAAUACACUGUCAUAAAGGUCAAAAUAGAACAUUUUUUUUAGUCUUUC